AUGACCGAAAUCAUUAAAGAUGGUUACUUGUCUGUCAAAGAAGAAGGUUUGCGCGCAUGGAUAUGGUCCAAGCGGUUCUGUGUUUUAAGAGAUCAAGCCCUUACCUUUCACAGAAACGAGCAAUCAGGUCAAUGCGUUGCCCUGAUUUUUCUGAAAGAGAUCACAUCCGUUACGCGCACCGACCUGAAACCAUACUGCUUUGAAAUUGCAGUCAAAGACAAGACGUACUAUAUCGCCUGCAAAAGCGACGAUGAACUCUAUUCCUGGAUGGACGAUAUAUACAAUGCAAGUUUCUUUUUCUUUCUUUCACCAUCACCUUUAGGUGCUUCAGGACCUACCAACUUUGUUCAUCAAAUGCACGUCGGUUUCGAUCCCAAUACAGGUGCCUUUACUGGUAUGCCGGAUCAAUGGACGAAACUGUUGAAAGGAUCAGCCAUCACGGCCGAAGAUGCUGCAAAGAACCCUCAAGCUGUCUUGGACGUACUUGAAUUUUAUACCGAACAAACCAAACGCGAGGCAGAAGAAUAUGGCGCCUCACAUCUCCAGGGCGCCGUUGAGCGUAUGAGUGACGACCGAUGGGCAGCACUGCUACAAGAGUCCAAGAGAGCUGCUCCACCGGCAGGAGCAGCAGGACCAGGAGCCAAUGGCGGCCGUGUACCGCCACCACGUCCACCACCACCGCCUCCCAUGGCAGGAGGUUUACCUGAUGUCGAUGUCAAUGAGAUGAUGGAUGAACUGUCCAUUCGCCAACCGGUAACCUCCAAAUCUUAUCGACAGCAACAGCAGCAGCAGCAGCAGCAGCAGCAAUACGAUUAUGAACGUGAGAAACAGCAACAGCGAUUAGAGCGUGAGCGAUUACAAUUGCAGCAACAACAACAACUGCAACAACAACAACAGCAACAGCAACAGCAGCAGCGCGAGCGCGAACGUGAACGGGAACGGGAACAGAUCCGGGACCGAGAACGAGAAAAGGCAGCAGCCCAAGUGUCAGGGGCAACGCAGCAGCAGCAGCAGCAGCAGCAGCAAAAGAAAAAGGUUGAACAGCGCAUCUCGACAAUGACGGAGGCACAGAUCAUGGAGAAGCUGCGGUCGGUUGUGACACGCGGCGAUCCAAACUCCUCGUACAAGAAAUUGAAGCGCGUUGGCCAAGGCGCAUCGGGAUCGGUCUAUGUUGCGAUUUCGCAUGCGACAAACACCAAAGUUGCUAUCAAGCAGAUGGAUCUUGCCAACCAGCCGCGCAAGGAGCUUAUUGUCAACGAGAUCCUGGUCAUGAAAGAGUCGCAGCACCGCAACAUUGUCAACUACCUUGACUCGUUCUUGGUCGGCUCCAAGGAUCUCUGGGUGAUCAUGGAAUACAUGGAGGGCGGUGCUUUGACAGAUGUGAUUGACAAUAACACAAUGACGGAGCAGCAAAUUGCCACUGUUUGCCUCGAGACGUCAGCUGGCCUGCAUCAUCUCCACACGCAAAACAUUAUCCACAGAGACAUCAAAUCGGACAAUAUCCUCCUCAACUUCCAAGGCAAAGUCAAAAUCAGUGAUUUUGGGUUCUGUGCUAAACUGACGGAAUCCAAGAACAAACGUGCGACGAUGGUUGGCACGCCCUACUGGAUGGCCCCUGAGGUGGUCAAGCAGAAAGAGUAUGGUGCCAAGGUGGACAUCUGGUCACUGGGCAUCAUGGCCAUUGAGAUGAUCGAGAAUGAGCCUCCAUACCUGGACGAAGAACCGCUCAAGGCUCUGUAUCUGAUUGCUACCAAU